CACGACAAAAUGUAUGAUAUUUAAAUUAUAGGUCGAUGUAAGUUGGCAACAGUAACUAAAAAAAGAUAAGUAAAACUCUUGAUAGCAAAAAAAAAAAAACGAUUUCGUCAUCGUCCAUUCACUUCUUCCGUUCUGCUGUAAAGGAGGAGUUCUGUCGCGUGUUGUAUGCUGGGGUUUGGUAGUACGUAUUUCGCCAGACUCCGCUAUCAACUUUUACAUCUUUCUCGGCUAAUAACAUGGACGCGGGAUUCUUCCGCGGCACAAGUGCAGAACAGGACAAUCGCUUCAGCAACAAGCAGAAGAAACUUCUAAAACAACUGAAAUUUGCAGAAUGUCUGGAAAAGAAGGUGGAUAUGACCAAGGUGAACCUGGAAGUCAUCAAACCUUGGAUCACUCAGCGAGUGACGGAGAUCCUGGGGUUCGAGGAUGAUGUCGUCAUAGAAUUCAUAUUUAACCAGCUAGAAGAAAAGGCCUGAACCAAUAUGGAUGUUAUACCUUGCAUCAGAAGUAUAGCACCAACACCUUAUUAGCUCUCUGCUGAGCCCAAAGUGUCACUGAGCCCAACUCCCUGAUGCAGUGUGUGGUUUGAGGUGAGUUUUGGUCAGGGAUCAACAUGCUAGUGAUAGAAACAAUUGGACAAUGCCAUGCCAUUUUCUCCAUAUACCUUUGAAUUGCGCCCCUAGUUUGUCUUUUAUAUCUCCUCUGUAUCCUAUCUUUGGAGUGUGUUAAAGUUGAGAGGAUACAGUGAAAUUGUUAGGCCAUUGAUCCCUAUUUUAUUUGUGUAGAGUAUAAUGACAUCUGUAGUAUCUUCUUUCUGGGCUGUCGGAAAAACGGUGCUUUUAAAAUUAUCCAUUGCAAUUCACAUGGACCCUAUUCUGCAUAAAUUAUAAGUUGCAUCAGUGCACUAGUUGUUCAAGUUUUCCCUCCAGUUUGUUACAUUUCAUUGCCCCUCAAUUUAGGAAGUCCAAUUGCAUGGUUCAAAUUAUACUUGUGUAUUAUAAUUGCCUUCAUUCUUCCCCCACUUAAGUAGCAUUUGGCCUAUAAAACAUGACUUCAAGGGGAAAUUUGAUAUAAUACACUGGAUGAAACAUUGGAUGUAGAAAAAGGAAAUGUUUAACUCUACUGAUAGCCUAAUAAUUAAUCAACAACUUAUUUUUAUGAAUGGUGCAUGACUCACAGCAAUCCUCGGAUGAUUUUUAUUCAUUCUCAUAUGUUGCUGGAAUCUCGUAAAGGUACUGUCUGUUUUAGUGAACUUAGCCUAAUACUGGGAGGGAAAAUACAUUCAAUUAUGCCUUACCAAUUUUUGUUUCUGUGCAAUUUGUUUUUUUUUUAAAGAGAAAUGAAGCUAAAUGCUAUAACAUCACAGUAAUGAUAAAAGGCCUUAUUAGUCAUUAUUAUUUAGAUAAAAGGGUAUCCAACUUUCAUUCUUGACUUAGAUGUUGAAAUAAAACCCCUUUUUAAAUGUCUUGUGCACUCAUUAUUGCUUGUUCGUCUCUUGCAAUUUAGAUAAAUGAUAUAACAAUAAACUGAAGGUGGUUGAGUCUCAAGCAGUAGGGAGGCGGAAGCAAGCCAAGGGAGCGUCUCUUUCUGCAGGAGACACGGGCGCUCCAUACCCACUGAUCCCGCGGGACACACUGAAGACACCGGGACUGUACAUGCAGUUUUGGGUUUUGAUGCACUCUGUUUUGUGGAUAUCUGUUCAUCUCUCAAAGAAUAGACUGUGGGGAGGCUGAGAACAACAGGACAGGAAUGCUAGUUAUUUAUGAUCAAGAUUAUUGACAGUAAUGGUGAUGGGUGGGAUAGUUAAAUAUUUAUUAGAUUAUAUUCUAUGAAGGUUAAGUCAGCCUUGAUGCAUGCAGUGGGUGUCCUUUACAUGGAUGAUGUAGCACUUAUGUCUCCCCUCAGCUAUUCUCAGUUUUGGGUUUCAAUUACCGAACUAAUGGGGUGGAGAUAAGGAAUCACAGCCUCAAGUCAACAAAAGUUUGUUAGGUUGCAAUGACUGUCUGCUUUGGGGCCCAGGGGUCAUAUACUGUAGCUAUUGUCUUUUGUUUUGAAGAUGGCUGCCAUUAUUUAGCAGGCAGGUGUAGCUUAGUGAGGAAACAAAGGGGAAGGCAGUUGUCUGAGUGAGACCCCCCCCCCCCCCCUUCUCGCUCUCGCGAGUUCUCCCUCCAUGUUAAAUUGGUGUGUUGUUUUUCUCUCCCCCUUGGUGUGUGUUGCAGCACCCGGACAGUAAGAUGAUGCAGAUCAACCUGACGGGAUUCCUGAAUGGGAAGAAUGCCAGAGAGUUUAUGAGGGACCUGUGGCCUCUGCUGCUCAGUGCCCAGGACAACAUUGCCGGUAUCCCCUCUGCCUUCCUGGAGCAGAAGAAAGAGGAGAUCAAACAGAGACAGAUUGAGCAGGAGAAGCUUGCCUCUCUGAAGAAGAUUGAUGAGAAGGAAAACAAAGAUAACAGAGAAAGGGAGAGCCCCAGAAGGAGGAAGUCAAGGUCACAGUCUCCACGGCGACGGUCUCCAGUGAAGAGAGAGAGAAAGCGGAGUCACUCCCGCUCCCCGAGGCGUAAGCCCAGUCCCAGCAGCUCCCCUCCACCAACAGCCCCAGCUGUCACCCUGGUCAGUGUUACAUUGCCCCAGAGCACUGAGGAGCCCCAGCCAGAGCCAGACACCUCUGAGAGCGCCGUACCCGAGCCAGUCAUUCAGGAGGCCUCUUCCACCAGUGAUUUGGUGAAGCCGCACACUGUGGUUGUGGUACCUGACUCUGUGAUGAAGGUCAAAGAACCCUCCCCAGGUAAGGCUUCUAAAAAGGAGGAGAGGCCCAAGCCCAGGGAGAAGGACGGCAGGAGGGACAGGCCCCGCCACCGCUCUCGCUCCCAUUCCCGCAGACGACCUAAAUCGCGGUCCAGAUCUUACUCCCCACGCCGGAGGCCGAGCCCCAGGAGACGGAUGUCCCCUCGUCGAAGGAGCCCCCCCAGACGUGGCCCCCCAGGCCCCAGACACAGGCGCAGUCGCUCCCCUGUCCGCAGGCGGCGCUCUCGCUCCCCAUCAUCCUCUGGGAGCAACUCCUCCGUGCCUCGCUCACCUCAGAAGGCCAUGAAGAGAACGUCAACCACACCUCCUAGGAAACAGCCCCGCGGCCACGCAGCUGAUCCCUCCCUCAGCCCCUCCAGGAGAAGAGCCCCCAAUGGUAGCCCCCCUGGGAAGGCCCGACGCUCUGCCUCCCCUCGGGCUAGAAAGGGCCGGUCCUCAGCCUCCCCGUCCAGAUCAGCUGGUUCAAAGAAGAAACCAGGAUCAAGGAAUGAUUCACUGUCUCCUGUUCCAAAACCCAGGCAUUCUGAGGCAUCGGAAUCAGAGGGGGCUACUGCAGAUCCUGUGCAGCAGCGACGUCAGUAUCGCAGGCAGAAUCGGGAGACGUCUUCAGAUACUGGAUCAUCCUCCUCAUCAGAGGACGAGGGGUCCAAGAGGCCGGGCGGAGGGCCAGCGGCGAGGAACGGGAAUGUCAGGAGGAGGCGCAGUCGCUCCCCCUCCUCCCCCAGGAGACGACACAGGGACGGCUCCCCCAGAAAAAGACGCUCCCUCUCUCCUGGAGGACGCCGAUCUCCCCCACGCCGUCGCAGAUCUCCCUCUCCUCCUCCGAGACGCAGGUCUCCCUCUCCACCUCCUCGCAGACGCUCCCCCUCCCCCAGGCGUUACUCUCCCCCCAUCCAGCGGCGCUACAGCCCUACUCCCCUGGGCCCACAGAAGAGAAGGCUAUCGCGGUCUCCCCCUCCCAAAUACCUUUCCCCGAUGCCCAAGCGCCAUCCCUCCAGGUCCCCGAAGCGCAGGAGUCCCCCUCCCCAAAAGAGACGCACACCUCCCCUCCCCACCUCUCCCCCCCGACACAGGAGGAGCCCCAUGCUCCCAUCCAACCGGCCAGGCCGGGGAACGCGCUCCCCCCCUGCUGUUCACAGUAACCGCCUCUCCCCCUCCCCUGCCAACCGUGGUCAGGCCAUGCGUGGGUCUGCUAGUCCUCAGGGGCGCUUUGACUCCUCGGGCGCCUCUCCACCUGGCCAGAGGCGCCAGGUGUCCCCCUCACACAGCAACAGGGCAAUCCGCAGGGUGUCCCGGACACCAGAGCCCCGCAAGAACCAGAGAGCCUCUCAGAGCCCCCAGCCUAUGAGGAGAGCGUCAUCAAGGUCACCGUCUGGUUCUCCUAAACCAGGAGCCUUGAAGCGGCCGGCCCCAGCCUCAGGCUUCCCCUCAUCGGGCUGCUCGGCCAGUGGCUCGCCAUCAGCCCCUCUGGCCAAGAAGGCCAGCAGCGGCUCUGGCAGCCCUUCUCCAAACAAGAAUUCAGACACUGAGGCUGGAGGAAAGAAGAACAAAAAACAUAAGAAGGAGAAGAAACACAAGAAGGACAAGAAGCACAAGAAACACAAGAAACACAAGAAGGAGAAGAGUGGAGUGCUGGUUGCUGCUGGGGAUGGCCAGGAGAACCUGGGGAUGGAAGAGGAUGUAGACUCCGACCUUAAAAAGGAAUCAGACAGUGAAGUAGAAGAGCGUCUGGACGACCUGGAGAAGCACCUGCGAGAGAAGGCACUGCGUUCCAUGAGGAAAGCUGGAAAGCUGUCCCCGCCACUGUCUUGAAGCCCGGCCACACCCCUCCCUCAAUCUUCCAUACACUUUAUUUUAUUUGUCUUUAACCUGAUUCAGCUUUAGAAUGUACAAAUUGUUUAUUCUUUAGUUUUGUUUUUACAGUUUUGCUCAUCUAUUGAUGGAUGUUUUUUAUCAAGCGCUUGAAUUGUCACACGCGAUCUUCCAAUUAAUUUAAUUUUUUUCCCAUAUCUUUGACCCAAAAUGUGUUAUUGCUUAUAUCCAAACUGUAGAAGUAUCUUUGUUUUGAUCCCUCAAUUUUCAAGAUAGGAUCAUAGAGGGGAAUUCUUUAAUUAUGAAGCUUGCAUUGUGCAAGCUUCUACGUCUCUCGUUCUACAACAUACAACAUAUUCAACUGUGGUAAUUUAGGAUUGCAUGUGCAGCCAGCGAGUCUCUCCUCUGAUGUGCAUGAAAUGGACUGUAAACUAAAGCAAAUGCACAGAUUAAAUCUGUCCCUUUUGUCAGCAGGCAUUGUAUGGUGCGGGAAUGCUGUUUGCUCUCUAAAAUGGAUAACAGUCAGAUUUUCCCUUUUUUAUGUAAUAGAGGUGUUUGACAUUGCAGUAAAUUCUGGCUUGGAAAAAGUCACGUUUAAUAAGAACUAGACCCUUUUUUUCCCUUCUCUGACCUCACCAGAGAGCAGGGGUUUGAUUUCCCACAUGGGUUGAUAUGCAGUCAUACUUUGAGUUCACGCUGGUCCACUCUUUUGCAUUAAGCCGUUCAUUGCUGUGGAAGUGCUAUUUGACUUGUAUUUAAAAACUCCUGCAUUUGUCAUCCUUUCAAAAUUAAAAUAUGUUUUAUAUAAAAACUG